AAAAUAAGGUUAUGUUAAAUGUAUUUAUAAACAUGGAGCUGAAUGAAGAUUUGAAUUUUAUACCUCAGUUUGUUAAAACAGAUGUUACAUCAAUAAAAGUCGUUCAGAAUGUUACAUUUGUUGGUAUUGGAGCCACACUUCACAUUUUUUGCAAUGAAACUUCCAAACUAAUAAAUAAAGUAAAUAUAAUAGGAACUAGAGGAGAGCAAAUAUUCGGAAUAUUACCUUUUUCCCAAGAUAAGGUUCUAUUAUUUGGUGGUAAUUUUUUAUUACUUUUUAGUGCAAAACAAAAUUAUGUUUCUGUAAAAGAAAUUAAUCGAGCUGUAUUAACUGAUUGGAUCUUAGAAGCCAAACUACUAGACAAUGAAAGUAAAAUUGCUACUGUUUCAAUGCAAAAUAAAGUUCAAAUAUGGGAUAUGAAUUUAAAUUUAAAAAGUGUAUUUGAAUGCAAAGAAAGAUGUAUAUUAUACAGUGCUCAUUUAUGUUAUGAAAAUUAUAAAAACUUAAUUGUUCUAUCUGGUACUGUAUUUAAUGAAAUUUUAAUUUGGAGACUUUCUAAAGAUGAUUCUGGCUAUGCUCCAGUAUUGAAAACAUUGCAAAAGCAUGAAGGUGUUAUAUUUUCUAUUCAGUAUAACCAACAAAAUGGUUUAAUUUGUUCAACAUCUGAUGACAGAUCUGCAGUUUUAUGGAAAGUAGAAAAAGGAGAUCUACAUUCAGAAUUAGAUAGAGAUAAUAUUAACAUCAUUCCCAUUUGUCAAGUAUAUGGACAUUUGUCAAGAGUCUUUCGAUGCUUAAUUUUAAAUGAUUGUUUUAUUACUGGAGGUGAAGAUUCUUUGAUAAAUAUUUGGACUUUGGAUGGAAGAUUAAAAAGGAAAGUAGAAACAAAUCAGGGUAGCCCAAUUUGGGCUCUGAAUUAUGACAAAACAAAUGAACUGUUAGUUGUUGGAGGUGGGAAUGGAAGUGUCCAUACUUUUUCUUUAAAUAUUGUAGUCAAAGAAAAUAAAAUUUGUCUUCCCAAUGGAGAAAAACCAAAAUUAAUUAGUAUUUUAGCAUCGAAUGAUAUAUUAGUUUUUUCUGAAAAUGGUGUUUUGUAUGUCAAUAAAAGAGAAAUGUGGACGACAAUACAAAUAUUUGAAGAUCUAAAGAAUUGUGUUAUUCUAAAAGUAUCAAAAUGCAGGAAAUUGGUUGCAUUAGCAGGUUUCAGAGGACAGAUGUACAUUUAUAAAGAAAAUGAUAAAUCUUUACAAAAAGUUUGCACAUUCCAAGCAAAAAACGCUACAAGAAUAAUAUCCUGCCAUUGGCUAUCCUGUGAUUUACUUUUAAUAUGCCAAGACGAAGGAAAACUUACUUUAUUGCAUUUACAACAGUCCAACAUAAGACCAAUAACAUCAUUUAUUUUGCCACAAAGUUCUCAAAGGAGUACAACCUCUGCUAUUAUUUUAGAUAAAAAUAUUAUAGUAGGUGAUAGAAAAGGAAGCAUUCAUUUGUAUAAAAUUGGUGAAUCCAAACCUGUCCAAUCUUUACCAAAAGCACAUAGUCAUUUGGGUGUUACUAACUUACUUUUAGAUCAUCAUAAUUUAAUUUCUUUAGGUAGAAAUAGUGUUAUUAAAACGUUUUCAAAAAAUGAAAACAAAUUAACAUUGAUUUCUUCGGAUAAAGUAGCUUACAGCUGGUUAUUAGAUAUUAUCGACGAUUUACUUAUAGCGUUUUGUGGUGAUAACUUUAUUAUUUGGAAUUAUAAAACAAAAAAAGCUUUACUAGAAAAAUUUUGUGGAGGUGGACAUAGAUCUUGGGAUUUUUUCAAGCAAGAACAUAUCAUUAGCUUCAUAUAUAUUAAGGAUAAAUUUAUUAAUAAAUUUGAGUAUGACCUGCAUAUUAAUAAAUCGUAUGAUUUGAUCGAACCUUUUCAUCUAAAGGAAGUCAACUGUAUGAAGAUUAUUAAAACAUCGAAUCAAUACAUAUUAAUAUCUGGUGGAGAAGAUACUACUCUCCGUGUAACAUCAGUGAAUAAAAAUUUAAAUAGUUUUAAAAACCUAAUUACUUUAAAAUCGCAUUUAUCCAGUAUAAGGUGUAUCACUAUCUAUAAAUUAGGAUUUAAAGAUGAUACAAAUACCUAUUUAAUUUUUUCUGCAGGUGGUAGGGCACAAAUUGUAUGCUGGACAUUGGAAUAUUUGUCAAAAAAUCCUGAAAAAGACUUAUUAUGCAGAGAAAACCAUUCUUACUACGAAGUCAUUGAUAAUGAACAGUCAGAAACUAGAAUAAUGGAUUUAUGUGCAAUUGAGGUACAAGAAAAAAUAAUAUUAUUUGCAGCUUGUUCUGACGGUCACAUUAAAAUUUUCUUUGUAGAAAAAAAUGAUGUAUUUAAUUUAAAAUUACACGCGACUAUUUUUUAUAAAAUGAAAUGCAUUUUUAAAGUAUGUAAUAUUUUUGUUUGCGAUAAAAAUAUUUUGGUAACUUUAGCAAGUGAUGGUUAUUUAGUAUUUUGGGAUAUCGAGGAUAUAUUUUUAGAUCAAAAUGUAAAACCAUUUGGUGCAAUCUCUGUACAUCAAUCUGGGAUUAAUACUUGCUCAAACUUACAAAUAAGUUCGACUUCAUUUUUAUUUUUAAGUGCUGGAGAUGACAACACUAUAGUAUUAAAUUAUUUGAAUUUUAAAAUCGAUCAAAUUCUUCGAGUAGAAGUUAUAGAUACAUUUGUAAACGCUAGUGCACAUUGGGCCCAAAUUACUGGUUCUUCCAUUAAAACUGAUUAUUUUUUAACAGCUUCUGUUGACCAAAGACUGAUUUUAUACAAAUGGGAGAUUUUAAAUGAAACAAUAAUUUGUAAUGCUGUUACAAAAUACAAUUCGCCUGUUGCAGAUUUAAAAGGACUCCUGUGUUUUACGGAAACAGAUUUUGAUGUUUUUAUAUACGGAUUAGGGAUAGAAAUAUUAAAAAUUAAAAAUAAAUAAUGCUAAAAAAAAACAUUUUCUUUUAUUUCACAAACUACAUCGUAAUAUAACAGCAACGAAAUGAUUAUUCAAUUCUUCCUUAAAAUAAAUGAAAACUAAUUCGAAAUCAGACGAUUAAAAACAUAAACAUUUAUUCAGAAUUUAGCAUUUAAACGUACUAAUAAAAAAAACUAAACAUUUUUAAAAUUAACGAAACGAAAAGUUAACUUUUAAACCUUUUAUACUUUACAUUUUUUGUUGCCAUAUUUGUAAAAACGUUCUUUGAACGUUUAAGCUUAGGCGAAAUGGAUUUUAAAAAUUUGAAAUUAAAUAUUAAUCUUUUCAGGCUGAAAUUAGAAAUACUGUCCUCUUCAUUUUCUUCCACAUUAUCAUUUCUACCAUUAAGGCUAUAAUAAAGUUCUUCAUCGGAACUACAGAAACUUAGAUACAUAGAAGUAUGCAAAUCCUUAUUUUGUUUGUCAUCACUCUUGUUUGAUUUUUGGCUUUCAUUAUUGUUCAAUUUUUGUGAGGAAUUACCGAAAGAUAUGUGAUCAGUUUUGAUACUUCCAGAACUAAAAGUUGACUCUAUUGGCGACGAUGAAGCAGACCUGUCUAGAAAAAAUAAAUAUUCAAUUCAAAUUCCAAAUUGAAAUUUCACCUCGUAUGAUCUGUAUAAAAAACCCCCGUGCUUUUCUUAUGCAAGCCACAUUCAGUACGUCAAUGUAUUUUAAAUUGUGUUCCCUGUUUGGCUAAAUAAUAAAAUGUGAUUAAAUGAGUUUAAAUCUAACAACUACCGACAUACAACUAUGUUACAGAAUAGGUAAAAAAAAUGAAAAUGAAAAAUCUAGAGGA